ACAAAACUACUAACGAGACCUUCAGCAUAUCUAACUGCACUAUGGCAAAGUGCAUAAAGGGAGACGUCAUUGAGAUUGCCCCAUUGCAAUGUCCUCUGCUCCAGAACAUCACCUGUGAAAAUCAUCAGCCGACAGUUCUGGUCUAUGAUAAGCACCAAUGCUGCCAGCAGUAUGCCUGUGAUUGCUUUUGUCAAGGCUGGGGUAACUCACAUUACAUCACAUUUGAUGGACUCUUCUACAGUUAUCAAGGAAACUGCACUUAUAUAUUAAUGGAGGAAAUUAGGCCUCAAUACCAUUUGAAGAUCUACAUUGACAAUAACUACUGUGAUAUUGGUGAGCAUGCAUCUUGUCCCAGAUCCAUUACUGUGUCUUACAAUGAUCAAGUCAUCACACUUAGGAAUCACAUUGGAGGUGCGGAUCUAGAGGCUCUGAAGGACAAUGUUAAGCUAACGCUGCCAUAUGCUCACCAUGGUGUGAGAGUAAUAAGCUCAGGACGAGACUUGUUUCUGAGUAUUCCAGAGCUGAAUGUUGAUAUAACAUUCAGAACCCUUGGCUUUAGCAUCAAUCUGCCAUUGCAGCAUUUUGGAAACAACACACAAGGCCACUGUGGAACAUGCAACAACAACCAGGCUGAUGACUGCAUGAUCCCUGGAGGCAUCUUGGUCAAUGACUGUGAAGUGAUGGCAGAUUACUGGCCAGCCAGUGGUGUGAAUGGCAAAAAUUGCCAACCAACUCCAAAACCCCCAGUCUUGAAUAUAUCCGCACCCAUGCCAAAGACACCAUGCCCAGCCCAAUCUGAAUGUAACCUUCUCGAGAGCAAGCUGUUCGAAGCGUGCCAUUCCCACGUGCCCCCUAAAAACUUCUUUUUAGCUUGUCAAUUGGAUAGUUGUAAUAUGAACAACUCCACCAUGGUGUGUGCCAGUCUUCAGAGCUAUGCAAGUGCUUGCUCACAGGUCGGAGUCUGCAUACAUUGGAGGAACUACACUAAGCAUUGCAACAUUAAAUGUCCAGAAGAUAAAAUCUUUUUGCCUUGUGUUCCAUCUGAACCACCAACGUGUAGAGAUGGGCCUAUGCAGAGCAUAACAGUGCCCACAGAAGGCUGCUUCUGCCCUGAGAACACAAUACUCUUCAACAAGGAGUCAGGAUUAUGUGUGUCAAAAUGUGGAUGCUUGGACCCGUCUGGAACUCCACGUGAGUAUGAUGAGCAUUUUAGGUACAACUGUGAGGAUUGUGUCUGUGAUAGGGCAAGCCAAUCAGUGUUCUGUAAGCCCAAAGAGUGUCCUGAUGUAAAUCCUGAGAUCUGCACUGAGCCCGGCUUUGUGCUGGUCAAUGUCACCAAUCCCUCAGAGCCAUGCUGUAGCAAACAAGUUUGCCAUUGUGCCAUUGACAUGUGCCCAAGUGGAUCAUGUACACAAGGGUCCUGCAUUUAUGAUGCACCAGACAAAACCAGACAUGUUUUCAAGAGUGGAGAGGAGUACAAGUACAAAUGUGAAACUGUUACCUGCCGUCGAAUGAAUGGCUCGUUUGUGAUUGAGAAGAACAACACAGAAUGUCCUUUCUUGAGUUCAAAGGACUGUGGGCCUGGGUUUAAAUAUGAGAAAAAAGUUGGAGAGUGCUGUGGAACAUGUACACAAGUUGCCUGUAUUUAUGAUGCACCAGACAAAACCAGACAUGUUCUCGAGGAUGGAGACGUUGACAAUUACAAAUGUGAAACUGUUACCUGUCAUAAAUUGAAUGGCUUGUUAGUGACUGAGAAGACCAAAACAGAAUGUCCUUACUUGAGUUCAUUUGAUUGUGGGCCUGGGUUUGAAUAUGGGAAAAAAGACGGAGAGUGCUGUGGAUCAUGUAGACAAGUAGCCUGUAUUUAUGAUGCACCAGACAAAACCAGACAUGUUCUCAAGGAUGGAAAGCAGUACGAUUUUAAAUGCAUGAAUGCUACCUGUCUGAAAAGGAAUGGCAUGUUUAUGACAAUGGAGAGCUAUAAGCAGUGCCCGCCCUUUAAUCCAGAUGACUGUGUGCCUGGAACAGUGCAAUUUGAUAACGAUGGAUGCUGCCAGAUCUGUAAAACCAGCAACUGUGUUCUUGAGAAGAACGUCAUCCGUCUGCAUGUGACAGAUUGCAAUUCCAUCGAGGAUGUAGAAGUUGCAUCCUGCACUGGCCACUGUGACGACGGAUCAAGGUAUUCGAUGGAAAAGAACAUCAUGAUGCACAACUGUUCUUGCUGCCAGGAGGAGAAAUUCAGCCAACGACAGGUGAUGCUGAAAUGUGCCAACAGCAGCGAGAUCCUUCAUGACUACAUUUAUGUUGAGAGCUGCAGAUGCACUCCUACCAAGUGUGAAGAAUAUACUGAAAAGAAGAACCCUGGAUAA